AUGAGUCGACAGUUUAGCUCUAGGUCUGGGUUCCGGAGUGGAGGGGGCUUCAGCUCUGGCUCUGCCGGAGUGGUCAGCUUCCGGCGCAGAAUGACUAGCAGCUCCGUCCGCCAUGGUGGGGGAGGUGGCGGGAGAUUUUCAGGGGGAAGAUGUGGCGGUGGCGGUGGGGGUGCUGGUGGCGGUGGUUUUGGAAGUCGAAGCCUUGUUAACCUUGGUGGCAGUAAAAGCAUCUCCAUAAGCGUGGCUGGAGGAGGACGUGGUGGUUUUGGUGGUGGUGGCUUUGGGGGUGGUUUUGGCAGUGGAGGUGGUUUCGGUGGAGGUGGUUUUGGUGGCAGUGGUUUCGGUGGAGGUGGUUUUGGUGGCAGUGGUUUCGGUGGAGGUGGUUUCGGUGGAGGUGGUUUUGGUGGCAGUGGUUUCGGUGGAGGUGGUUUUGGUGGAGGGAGUUUUGGGCCUGUCUGCCCCCCCGGUGGCAUCCAGGAAGUCACCAUCAACCAGAGUCUUCUGCAGCCCCUCAAUGUGGAGAUUGACCCUGAGAUUCAAAAAGUAAAGUCUCGAGAAAGGGAGCAAAUCAAGACACUCAACAACCAAUUUGCCUCCUUCAUUGACAAGGUGAGGUUCCUGGAGCAACAGAACCAGGUGCUGCAAACAAAAUGGGAGCUGCUGCAGCAGGUUGAUACCUCCACGCGGACCCACAGCUUAGAGCCCUACUUUGAGUCCUACAUCAGCAGUCUUAGAAAUAGAGUGGACCAGCUGAAGAAUGACCAGUCUCGGAUGGAUUCAGAAUUGAAGAAUAUGCAAGACCUGGUGGAAGACUACCGAAACAAGUAUGAGGAUGAGAUCAACAAGCGGACAAAUGCAGAAAAUGAAUUUGUGACCAUUAAGAAGGAUGUGGAUGCUGCUUAUAUGGCCAAGGUGGAUCUUCAGGCCAAAGUUGACAACUUGCAGCAGGAGACUGAUUUCUACAGAGCACUCUAUGAAGCAGAGUUGGCCCAGAUGCAGACUCAUAUCAGCGAAACCAAUGUCAUCCUGUCCAUGGACAACAACAGGAACCUGGACCUGGACAGCAUCAUCUCUGAGGUCAAGGCUCAGUAUGAGGAGAUUGCCCAGAAGAGCAAGGCCGAGGCCGAGGCGCUCUACCAGACCAAGUAUGAAGAGCUCCAGAUCACUGCUGGCAAACAUGGGGACAGCCUGAAAAGUACAAAGAUGGAGAUUUCUGAACUGAAUCGGAUGGUCCAGAGACUGCGAUCUGAGAUCGAUAGUGUCAAGAAGCAGAUCUCUGCGCUGCAGCAAUCCAUCAGCGAUGCCGAGCAGCGUGGUGAGAACGCCCUCAAAGAUGCCCAGAACAAGCUGGCCGAGCUGGAGGAUGCCCUGCAACAGGCCAAGGAGGACAUGGCCCGGCUGCUGCGUGACUACCAGGAGCUGCUGAAUGUCAAGCUGGCCCUGGAUAUGGAGAUCGCCACCUACAGAACCCUUCUGGAAGGAGAGGAAAGCAGGAUGUCUGGAGAGUGUUCCCCGAAUGUGAGCGUGUCGGUGAACACCAGCCACACCACCAUCAGUGGAGGUGGUGGCCGAGGAGGCGGAGGUUUCGGCUCCGGCGGCGGAGGCGGCGGCUAUGGCUCUGGAGGCGGCUAUGGCUCCGGAGGUGGCAGUUACGGCUCUGGAGGUGGCGGCUACAGCUCUGUAGGUGGCGGCGGCUUCGGUUCCGGUAGCAGCAGUGGGGGCCACCGAGGCGGCUCUGGAGGGGGCGGCCGGGGUUCCGGCGGGAGCUCUGGAGGCAGUUUCAGUUCGUCUGGAGGCCGGGGAUCCAGCUCUGGGGGUACUAAGACCUCUGGUGGCAGUUCCAGCGUGAAGUUUGUUUCCUCCAGCUAUUCCAGAGUGAUCAGAUAA